CAGAGCUGUGUGGGAAGAAAGUUGAGGGAGGAAGGAGACGCGGACGGCUGCUGCCGACACAUUCUGCUCAGCACCACGGACAGCGAACGUUUGGGAACUCGGACACCAGCCAUCCAUCGAUAUUGGAGAAUUAAUGGAAAAAUCAAAAGAUUGACUUGGCAAUGAAGAGUUUGGUUUGGAGGAUUUACUCACUUUAAAUUGAUCACACAGAGACUUUUUCAUCUGCUUAAAGGUAAGCAUGUACACUAACAUGACAGAGGCAAAGACUUUCUUGUAAAUCAGUGAAAACGGGAGGAAACAAAUCUAUAUCUGGACUGGUACCGCCUUUCUCUCUGAAACCCACAAUGGAGCCCCUGGACCAGACCCACUGGGUUUCCCUUUCCUCAGACCUCAACUCCUCCUAUGCAGCCACUCCCUCCCUUUUUUAUCCCCACCUCUUCGAUGUCCCCUCCAACAUGUCCACUCAAAGUGUCCCCUUUCAGGGCAGCAGCACUCUGAUGACAGCAGUCAUAUACCUCACAGUCUUCAUAGUGGGUCUAACUGGCAACACUCUGGCCAUUUAUGUGGUGCUUCGUUAUGCCAAAAUGAAGACAGUCACCAACAUCUACAUUCUGAACUUGGCUGUGGCUGACGAGCUCUACAUCAUUGGGCUCCCCUUCCUCACCACGCAGAAUGUUCUCUCCUAUUGGCCAUUUGGCUCCUUCCUGUGCCGCGUGGUCAUGACAGCAGACUCUAUGAAUCAGUUUACAUCUAUUUUCUGCCUGACCGUGAUGUCCAUUGAUCGUUACCUGGCUGUGGUUCACCCAAUCCGCAGCACCAAGUGGAGACACCCCCGCGUGGCCAAGGUAGUGAGCGCAGCUGUGUGGGCUGUGUCCUUUGUGGUGGUCCUACCCGUGGUCAUCUUCUCUGAUGUUCAGGACACAUUUAACUCGUGCAACAUGAUCUGGCCAGAGCCAAAGAACGUGUGGUCGACAGCCUUCAUUCUCUACACUGCCACAGUGGGCUUCUUUGGGCCACUGCUCAUCAUUUGCCUCUGCUACUUACUGAUUGUUAUCAAGGUGAAGUCCUCGGGGGCGCGGGCAGGAUUCACCAAGCGUCGGCGUUCAGAGCGCAAGGUGACGCGGAUGGUGGUGGUAAUCGUGGUGGUAUUUGCGCUCUGCUGGCUGCCGUUCUUCAUCAUCAAUAUGAUCAACUUGAUUGUCAUCAUCCCCGAGUCCAGCACCACUGCUGGCAUCUACUUUUUUGCUGUCAUCCUGUCCUACGCCAAUUCCUGUGCCAACCCGGUGCUUUACGGCUUCUUGUCAGACAACUUGAAACAGAGCUUCAGAAAAGUGCUGUGUGUUAAGGGCAUGAGGUGCAAGGCCAGCAGCGUAGACGAUAGCGCUAGCGCUCCACGGACUGAGAAGACCACGGCACACGAGUGUGUUCUGCUGUCACCCCGUGACCAGGUCUACCGUGACCCCCAGAGCAGUCAGAUCUCUCCCAAACCUCCAGGCUCAUCCACCUCCCAUACAGCAGCAGACCUGCACUGCUCCACCCCUACAUGCCUAUCUCCCUCCGACUGCCCAGGAAGUGGACCCACCACUGCCACUGUGUCCUCCACAGCAGCCUCAGUGGUAACUUCCAUGAUAACCCCAGCUGAACUUCCCACCAUCACUGCCCUGACUGCACCAUCCUGCACUGCAUCCACAGCUCCACAGAACCAGUAG